CCUUUUCUUUAAAAGUAUCGCCUAACUUCCCCACUAGCUAGAACACCCAGGAGAUAGAGAGAAUGCAGCUCUCCUACUGUGUAAGACAGCAAAAGCCCUGCGUGCGGUGGGUUGAAAAAUAUUUUAAAGACUGCCUUUGCAAUCUAAAAGAUGAAUUUUCCUUCGGUUUUGGGUUUGUUAGUCUAGUCUGCUGGGGAGUGGCAGAAAUCCCUCAAAUCAUCACCAACUUCCAGACCAAGUCCGGCCAUGGAGUUUCUCUUGCUUUUCUACUCACUUGGGUUGUUGGUGAUGUUUUUAAUCUGGCCGGUUGUCUUCUGGAACCGGCAACGUUGCCUACUCAGUACUACACGGCUCUGCUUUACACGACCAGUACUGUAGUGUUAGUAAUGCAGAGCGUAUACUAUGACCACAUCUGUAGAUGGUGGAAGUGUAGACAGAUCGAUGUUUCCCAUGCGGCUGAAGAAGAGAAAAAACCAGUGAGACAUAAGCCAGUUGAUAAUUCUGGCAUUCCAAUACCUAGACCUUCACCAAAAGCGACUCCUCGAAGAGAAUACUAUUAUAUGUCAGCCAGAUCAUUGGCUGGCAGUGGUACUCCUCCCUUUCGAACCUAUCUCAGGGCGGCCAAAAGUGGUCCUUCAGCUAUGGACCUGAACUGUGAUUCAUCGUCUGAUGAUGAAGCAGCUCCAAUGCAGUCCAACCAGCCGAUUAGCAAGCCUAGGCCUAUACCAAGAGCGGCAGGUUAUGGAACAUUUCUAGCUACAUCACUAACCUUGCCCCUACAAACAAAGGGUCUGACAGAAGCGUACGUGGGACUCACAGGGAGAAAGCUCUUACAUGAACAAGGGAUGGAGAAUGUUUACGGGCAAUGGUUGGGAUGGUUGAUGGCUGCUAUUUACAUGGGCGGCCGACUCCCUCAGAUAUGGCUAAAUAUUAAGAGAGGGAAUGUAGAGGGCUUGAAUCCUCUCAUGUUCGUUUUUGCACUGGUCGCCAACGUUACUUAUGUUGCAAGCAUUCUUGUAAGAACUACUGAAUGGGAAAAAAUCGAAGCCAAUAUGCCUUGGUUGCUGGAUGCUGCAGUAUGCGUGGUGCUGGAUUUAUUUAUCAUAUUGCAGUAUAUCUAUUACAAACGUUUUCGAAGGACAAGAAACUGUGGAGACUAUGGAGAUCACUAUGUAGAAGCAAGUAAAGCUGCUGAAUCUUAAUUGGCCAUUGUAUUUGAUAUAUAUUUGCAAACCAAAUCUAGCUAGGACCACAACCUAGUUUAUCCUCACCAGUGUUUGUGUUUGGACUAUUUAAUUGUUUCAAUACGAACCAUGUAUUGUUGUCCCU